AUGCCCAGGUCGCAGCAUUCCCGACGAGCCUCGAGACCGUCGCAGCCGGAAACCUCCCCGGGAGACGUUGCCAGCAGUACUGGCCGUGCCGUGGGCUCCUCUAGCCUGGGUAGAGUGACCAAGAGAUCGACUAAUGCAUGCUCCAGAUGCCGCAGGCAGAAGAUCAGAUGCUCCGGGCUGAUCCCCUGCGACGCCUGUACCAAGCGCAAGCUACCUUGUGAGAUCAAUGACAGUGAGCAGAAGAUUCUCGUCACUCGCGGUUAUAUCGAAGAACUUCAGGCCAGGAUUGCCGCACUGGAGGGGAACAAGCCUGCUGCUGCGUCGGAUAUCCUUGACUUUGGAUCUGAUGUCGAGGCAGAGACGCAAUCACGUCCCCCUAGUAGGAAACAGCGACGUCGCUCUAGUCCCUCAUCGGCUCACCGCGCGGCUAGCGAAGGCAUUGAAUCCUCGUCCCAACAAGACUCCCUCGGCGGCAACCCUCUGAGAAAUCCAUUAUCAUCUGGUCAAUCCACCUUUUCCAUAUCUGCCGAUGGGAAAGCAUUUUACCUGGGCACCUCGUCCAAUUGGUCGUUUGCACGUCGUAUACUUUCCAUGAUCCACGAGUUCAUCCUGAAGUCACCUUUACCUACUGCUGAUUUAUUAUUUGAUGGUCAAGCGUAUGAUUUGGGGUGGGAGGGUUCAGCAAGAAUGACACCAUAUGAUUCUCCAGCUAUGCCUGCGCUGGAUUACGCCAUUUACUUGAUCAACGCGGUCAACUUCCACUGUGCCCAGGUGCUCCACCUAUUCGACGAGAAAUCAUUCAUGUCGUCCCUUUACGAAUUCUACCGAAACCAGCAAGCCGAGCACGUGAAGAGAAGCCUGUGGUAUGUUCACUUUCUUCUCAUACUAGCCUUUGGGAAGGCCUUCGUCACGAAAAGAAACCUCGCAAAACGGCCUCCAGGUGCGGAAUAUUUUGUAAAGGCAUACGAACUCCUUCCAGAUGUAAUCACUCUCUGGAAAGAUCCGAUCGUAUCAUGCGAGAUUCUUUGUUGUGUUGCACUAUAUCUCCAAUCUCUUGAUAAUCGCCUCGCGGCACACAAUAUUAUUGGCCAAGCAAUGAGAAUAGCCUUGGGUCAGGGAAUGCACACCAAUAUGCCUGGCGGCCUUCUUGGCGAAGACGUUGUGGAGCGAUCUCGCCGAGUCUGGUGGACUAUAUAUGUCCUAGACCGUGAGAUGACAUCCCUUUUGGGCCUACCUCAAUCGAUCAACGACCGAGAUAUCUACCCAGAGCUUCCAAAGUUUGAAGAAUCGCCUCACAGACGUGCCGCACUUGAAAUGGAAAUAAGGCUCUCUCGAGUAAUAGCCACCAUCAAUAAAGAAAUAUACCAGCCUGAUGGAAAGCUCAAUAGCAGGUUUCUCACAAGUACGAAACACGUUCUUGAAGAUGUAGCUGCCGUGUCCGGGCAGCUUCAGCAGUCAUUCCCGCUUCAACUCGAUAAUAGCGUUGCAGGCGUCUCCAGGACGGCUGCUAAUCUUCAUUUACUCUAUUAUCAGUGCAUUGUGCUCGCUACUCGGCCGUUGAUCUUUUGCUUUUUGCAGUUCCGAUUGGAAUCUGCGGAGCUCUGCGCCAGGAAGUUGAGUUCUUCUCAGACCGUGCGCAACUUGAUUCAAAUGUGUAUCGACUCAUCUCUUCAAAUGGUCAUAAUUCUUGAGAGCUUGCAGUCUCAAGGCCUUCUAGAGUCUUUUCUCCCAUUUGAUAUCCAGUCUUUGUUCAUCUCCACCGUGAAUCUUUCGGUGGCACCUGCAAUAGACUCUCAUCUCGUCGAGAACUAUCGGUUUUGGCUGCAUAAAGCAUUUUUCAUCCUCGACGAAAUGACUGAUAGCGGCAGCCAUAUUGCUAGCAAGCACAAAGCAGAACUGACACGUAUCAUUGAGCUACUAGAGACUCUGCCUGGGGAUCACAAUUUACAGCAAGCCACGAUGGAUUUCACAAGUGAAGCGAUGGCUUCGGGAAAUAUUUCUGCUGCCUUCGCGCAACCUGAAGACGCCUUACAUGGCUGCAUUAAUGUAAUGCAGGCUCUGCCAACACCUAUCUCGGGAACUGGGAUGAUAGAUGACGAGGGGAUGGGACAUUUGUUGGCUACGUCGCAGAUCAUGGACAUGGCUAACUCGGUUGAUUGCGGCGAUACAGAUUGGAUGUCUGAGGCUAUCAUGACGCAUGGAAUUUGGCAAGGAUGA